AUGUCCUUCAUCCUCGCCGACGAAGCUACUGUGGAAGCCUCCUUUUCAUCGCAUUCCCCUCCUGCCCCUCGACCGCGCGAACAGCGGAAACAAGCUACAUCCGCGGCCCUCGGCGAUGGUUCAGCGCAAAGACGGCCAUGUUCCGCUAUCAGCAGUUCUUCGUCCCGACCCAACUCCCUGGCAGGAUCGCUCUCCGAGUACCAGGAAAGCUUCGUCAUGAGUGCCUUUGGGACCUCUGACGCUGGUCGCCCCCAGAGCAUCUAUAAUGGCGAGGGUGCUCAGCAGUUCAUUAUGCCCACCAUCAACGUCCCUAGUCGAAGACCCUUCACAGAAGCUGGGAAGGGUCUUGGCAGGCUCAAGCUCCUCGUAGCUGGUAGAUCAGUUGCGAUGGCGUCCAAAGGCUUUUUGCCAGCAAAGAUAAUGCCGAAUAGUCCUCCGAUUUCUCAGGGCACUUUCCAGAUCACUGAGACUUUAGCCAGCACCAAGCCUUACCCGCCUUGGUGGAAGGAAUUAGCUCGUACAUCCCCUGCACUCGCCCCCGGUCAAUCCGAGGACACAAUACUGGACAGGAACAUAUGUCUCGUUGAUACACCUGGGUAUCAGGAAACAUGUCGCCUGGAGGCCUUGACAAAUGUCAUACCACUCAUCGCGCAAGCCGAUACAUUGACACCAGAGCAAAUUGCAGCAAUCAAAAAGCACAUAGCUCAACAGUUUGCUGAGGCUGGCCUCGGGCUAUUCUCUUUUGAUCCGUCGACAACUAGCGUGGGAGAACAGCAUAUAUAUGCUACUUCUAGCAAGUUGGCAUCGGAUACCGAGGUCAUGGACGCCAGUCUACUCAUGAGCUCCGAAUAUUUGCAACCUCUUGUGCCUACCGAUCUCUCGCACUUGUUGGAAAGCAUAUUCUGCGUGAACGGCGCGACGUGGCUCCGCCAUGCUGCGGCAGCAAAGCUUCUGGGCUGGCGCACUCGUCAUCCUGGGUCCAGUAACGUGUCUGGCUUUGUCUCGAAGUCAGAAGGGUCGACGGAUAUGUGGUUGCUGCGUCCUCGGGCCGGAUCCUUGACACCCCUUGCCAUGAGUCGCGCUCCAAACUAUGCAAACUGUGAAGAACGUCUCUGUCGAGUGCAGCUCACAAACUGGGCAGCAGAUCUCCAGCGCAGUCUGGCCAACGAAAAGCGAAUACAAGAGAGUAGGGCAUGGGAGCAGGCGGCCACGUGGUCGAGGGAAGCUUGGAGAGAUGAAAGUGCCGCAUCAGGCGGUGAUGGCGCAGAUAUGGCGUUGAUGCGAACCAGAGGACGAGGAGAACGUCGGCAGUCUUUCCGCAAGAGGAGACAUAGUACUGGCUCUGGGCUAAAUUGGGGACUUGCGAGACAUCAAGAUCCCCUGGGUCUGCUACAGCUUAAUGCCGAUUUUAGAUGGCAGGGUUGGAAGACGUUGGAAAUGGUUGGCGGCAUCGGGAUCCUAGGAGGUUUAGCGUGGUUGCUUGUCUAG